AAUGCCCCUGAGGAGCCACCUGUAAUUUCAGUUCCGGUGGAUUCAAGGCUGCGGUGUGCAGCAUGGGUAACAAGCAGACUGUGUUUAGUCACGAGCAGCUGGAGGAAUACCAGGUGGGCAUGUGUGGUGGAUCCUGCCAGGCGGGCACAGCUUGGCCUGGGAUACGGGCAGCUCAGAGUCUCCUCAGAGCCCUAUUUGUGACAUCAGGCUAUCUGUGUGGGUUUGGACUGCCUAGAGGGGUACAUGGGGAGACGACCCGGAGGCAGAUCUGGGUCAAGCCGGUUUCUCUCCCCACAGGACUGUACUUUCUUCACGAGGAAGGAGAUCAUGAGGCUGUUCUAUCGGUACCAGGACUUGGCCCCUCAGUUGGUGCCUCUUGACUAUACCACCAGCCCCGAGGUGAAGGUGCCCUACGAGCUGAUCGGGAGUAUGCCGGAGCUAAAGGAUAACCCUUUCCGCCAAAGGAUUGCGCAGGUUUUCUCUCAAGAUGGGGAUGGUCACAUGACCUUAGAGAACUUCUUGGAUAUGUUCUCAGUGAUGAGUGAGAUGGCUCCACGGGACCUGAAGGCCUACUAUGCUUUUAAGAUUUAUGACUUCAACAAUGACAACUACAUCUGCACAUGGGACCUGGAGCAGACAGUGACCAGGCUGACCCGUGGGGAGCUGAGUGUGGAGGAAGUGACCCUGGUCUGUGAGAAGGUGCUGGAUGAAGCAGACAGUGACCAUGACGGGCGGCUGUCCCUAGAGGACUUCCAAAAUAUGAUCCUGCGAGCCCCAGACUUCCUCAGCACCUUCCACAUCCGCAUCUGACACGCUCAGAGGACAAGACCUGGCCCUCACCCAUGUCGACUCCGCUCUCUGAAUAAACAGGAAUUGAAACUGC